AGAGAGAGAGAGAGGGAGAGGGGGGGAGCCUGAUGAGGAAGAGCGAGCGCAAGUGGUGAUCCUCAGUUCGGUUCGUCGUCGAGGUGUUUAGCAGUAGGAGCCGAGGGGGAGGGAAGAGGGGAGGAAGCUCUCUCUCGGUUUUUGUUUUUUUCUCUCCGCAGUUCUCUGCUAUUUGUUUUCUCUCGGCGAGGAGUUGGAAUUUAUUUCUCCUCUCUUGCGUGGGCGCUGGAAGGAAGGACGGAAGUGUAAUGAAGGAAAGAAACAGGGGACAGAUCAGAGAAGAAUAGAGAUCGGGUACAGGGCAGAAGCGCAGCAGGAGUCAACAGGCGGAAAGCGAUUGACAGACAGUCGGGACGAGCGUGAUUUAGUCGAAAUAUUCACGUUGGGAGGGGGAAUGGAGGAGGAAUGGCAGGGGAAGGGGAUGCAGGGAGUGCGAGUGCAGAAGGGUCGAGUGUGAGAGAGAGGGGACGAAGCACUAGGCGAAAUGGAGUUAUUGGCAGGAGGAGGAAGAAGAGGAGAAGGUAGUAGUUAAUGUGAGUGGAGUUUUGGAGUUUGAGGAGUGUGCUACUCGGAGCAGGAGGAGGAGCGGCGUACAAUGGGGGAAAUGGAUAUAGCUCCUUGGUUGAAGACGCUGCCUCUGGCUCCCGAGUUCCGCCCCACAGAGGCAGAGUUUUUGGAUCCGAUGGCGUACAUUCUCAAGAUUGAAGAGGAAGCGAGGAUGUAUGGUGUGUGCAAGAUUAUCCCUCCUUACAACAAGGCCUCAAAGAAAACUGUCGCGUUUCACCUCAACCGUUCUCUUGCUAUGUCGCGAGACACCCUGCCUAGCAGUAAAAUGCACGGUCCGUGUCCUUCCAUGUCUAGGAGUAUGGGAGGUCUCAUGGCAGGACCGCAAUUGGUCAAGCAGAAAAGUUCCUCUUUGGACGUCUCUGCCACUGACUCGUCGGGGAAAGCGAAAUUUGACACUCGCAGACAGCAGGUGGGCUGGAACCCGAAGAAGACCCGAGGAGUAGCUCAUUCUCAGACUCACAAGCUCGUGUGGGAGAGUGGAGAGAAGUACACCUUAGAACAGUUUGAGCAGAAAGCUAAACAGUUUUCUCGUCAGCGCUUAGGUACAUGUAAAGAUGUCUCUCCACUUUCCGUUGAAACUCUGUUUUGGAAAGCUGCUGCGGAUAAGCACAGCUUCCCGGUAGAAUACGCAAAUGACAUUCCGGGUUCUGCAUUUGCCGAGCCUCUCGAUUCCAGUUUGUCUCUUCGUGGGAAGAAAAGGAAAAGAGGCCUUGAUGAACCUGAUCAAGGCUUCGGUAUGGGUUUCAGAGGCGAGGAAAGUCUUCCAAUCGAGGAGUCUCCUGGAGCUGACGAGGAAUUGGAUGGCUUUGACUCAAUCCGGCUUGCAGCCGGGUCUGCUGAAGGUGCUGGUGAUAGCGGAGGUAGUGCUGGUGGAAAAUUAGCCAAUAGCGCGUGGAAUAUGCGAAAUGUAGCUCGUAGUCAUGGGUCUUUGUUACGCUACAUGCCCGAUGAGGUACCAGGUGUAACGUCUCCUAUGGUUUACAUAGGAAUGCUCUUCAGCUGGUUUGCUUGGCACGUCGAAGAUCAUGAGCUUCACAGCUUGAAUUAUCUGCACACUGGCGCUUCGAAAACCUGGUAUGCCGUGCCAGGGGACGCAGCCCCAGCUCUCGAAGAAGCCGUUCGGGUGCAUGGCUACGGUGGACAGCUCAAUGCACGAGCUGCGUUCUCUUUGCUGGGUGAGAAGACAACAGUAAUGUCACCCGAAGUGCUCGUAGCUGCCGGUGUCCCUUGCUGCAGGCUUGUGCAGAACGCUGGCGAGUACGUCGUCACUUUUCCUCGAGCAUAUCACUUGGGAUUCAGCCACGGGUUUAAUUGCGGAGAAGCUGCAAACUUUGCUACUCCUGGUUGGCUGGAUGUCGCUAAAGACGCAGCGGCACGGAGGGCGGCAAUGAACUACCUUCCUAUGCUUUCACAUCAGCAGCUGUUAUACCUACUCACAAUGUCUCUUCCACCGAGAAUGCCUGCAAGCUCUCCCUCAGAACCUCGUAGCUCACGGUUGAAGGUGAGAAAGAAGUCUCCAGGUGAGGAGAUGGUGAAGAACAUGUUUGUGAAUGACGUAAUUCACAACAACCGGUUACUCGGUGUUCUACUCGACAAGGGUGUUCCUUGUUGUCUACUGGCAAAGGAUGCAGUGAGUCAUGCAGCAGCAAAAAUGCCAUCUCUUGAAGAUGCGGAGCAGAGGUUGCGGCCUGCUGAUAAUUCUCUACCGGCCUCGGGUUGUUUAGAGCAGGUCGGAGAUUGUACAAAUUUAGAGGUAGCAGUAUGCUCAGUGGUGCAAACAGAAGAUGUGGCUUGUCCAAAUCAGAUAUCAUCGGUCAAACUUGCUGACUCAAGUUUUGGCAUGUCUCCCUCGGAGAAUUUGUUAAUAGCUGAAGCUGAAACGAAUGAUGCAUUCCUCAAGGUUGCUGAUCCAUGCGCGUCCUCAGAGUUUCCAGGCUCCACCACUUCAGGUUUGGAGACAAAAGCUUCACCGUAUUGCAGAAACAGUGCUGUCGUACCAUCCCCUUUGGCAAUUGACUGGGGCAUACUACCAUGUGCUGCCUGUGGUAUUCUGUGUUAUGCAACGAUGGCUGUUGUAGAGCCUACGUUGACAGCGUUGACGACUUUUAAGGCGUUGCCCGUAAAACCAGUUCGCCCAGCAGUUGGCCUUAGCAAUGGCAAAAGUGAAGCAGGUUGUGAUAGACCAGAGUCUUUAGGAUUGGCGGUGGACACUCGUGCGAGCAUGGACCUGAAUAAUGGCGUCCUUGUAAGCCAAGAGCAAGCAGAACGCGCUGACGUAAGGAGUGAACCUGUGGAUACAACUGGUGUUUAUGGCCAAAUGACUGGAAUUGGGACUCCUCCAGCAGAAGCAGAACACGCGGUUGCAUUGAAAUACGAAAUCCUCCCGACUCAGUCCAGCGUGUGCAAUUUUGAAGCCUCCCUGUCUGACGAUGUUCUAUCUGCGAAAAACAAAACUCCCGGCAAUACAUCUUCUUUACAUGCGUCUGAGCUGGAAGACGCUCAGCCGUUGGAAGGAAGACCCGCUUUGGAGAGCGAAACAGGCAAGCUUGAGAACAAUGGUAAUGGAAGAGCUGGUUCUGAGACUUCUCCAAUCGAAGUUCCCGAAGCUCAAAACGCCAAGGAGAAUGUGUCGAGGGGUGCCGGUAGUGAAGUUCACUCCUUGGAGACUGCAACUCAACCCGAAGUGAAGGGUAGUAAUUUGUUGUCAUCUUUGCAACUUCUUGUCUCAACGUACGACGAGGACGCAUCUGAUGUGGAAGGCGAAGAUUUUGUGGAGGAAAAACUUGAAGACUGGGAAGCGGAUAAGGGCAUUCAAGUCCUUGUUAGACCUGAUAGUGUGGUGGGUCAUUUGAUCAAUGACGUCAUUGGUCUAUCGGCAGAUGUCUCUUGGCAAACUUUUAAUCCGACUACUGCGGAAAUGAAAGUUAUUUCCCACAUCUCCACGAGCUCACCUUCCGUAUUUCAAAGCGUAUUGGAGGGUGCGAAAAACCUGGAUUCUGUAUUCACAUCAGGUGGUUUUGCAUUUGUCGAAGAAGAUCGACUUGUGGACCUUCCAACUCUAGAGCGUAUCUUGAACGAGAAGGAUAGUGGGGAGUGCGGGAAGAAGGCAAUUUCAGAUGGGUGCUCUCCUUGUUCGGACUCCUUUGAGGACCCUUCUGAUGCUCUGGACGAUGAGAAAGUGGAUGACAUGCAAGAGUUUUACCGUCGCAUCAACUCCCAAGCCCUUACUGUGGAAAGUCAGGAUGAUGAGCUCGCUUUGAUCAAUUUGGAUUGUCCUACAGAAUUUUCUUGGCAACCCGAACCCAGUUGCAGCAAUGAUGUUAUCUCUGGAGCUGUUAAAUGUGAGGCUGAAACAUCUAACUCACGCAUCAAACCCAAGAAUCUCGGAGCAUGUCAUCUCGAACCUGUAGGCCGUGAGGAGAUCGGCCCCAUCAAGGAUGCAGCGUCGCUGACUUCGAGGAGUAUGCUUUCACCUGGAAUGAACUGUUCUCGCAACAAAAUUUCCUACAGUGCCUGUCACCCAACUUUUGAGGGUGUUCUUUAUGGCAGACUUGAGGAAAAAGCAUUUGAGGACAAAAUGGAUUGUCGAAUUCACGAUGUUUCCAAACAUCUAAUUGGCGAUCAGGUCUCCUAUUAUUCAGGGCUUCCGCCCUCUUUUGAUUUUGUCGCCUCAAUCAGUAGAGACACCGAAGAGUUCAAUCCACGAACUUGCUCCAGCCAAGGCAGGGAGAGUUGUCCAACUGAUCAAAAUGUAGGUAAAGCCGGUUCAGAGGGAUUAGGACCUGAGAAGGUUUCUCAAGCUCCCAUAGCCGCUGUUAAGCAAAGAGCUCGUGGUGGUGUAGGUAGACCCCGAGUUUUGUGCUUGGAGCAUGCUGUGGAAGCCCAAAAAAGGCUGCAGGAUAUUGGAGGGGCAAAUAUUCUCAUUGUUUGUCAUUCAGGCUUUGAGGACUAUGAACUGCGUGCGAAAGACAUUGCACAAGAGUUGGGUAUUGAACAUACUUGGAGGGACAUAACCUUCUCCAAAGGAUCUACGGAGGAAAUCGAACUCGUCAAGAUGGCCGUCGACGUCGAAGAAAAUGAUGAUCACGGAUAUACAGACUGGAUAUCGCAACUGGGAAUGCUUGUCCAUCCUCGCUUUACUACCAAGGAGUCUGAAGCCUUUGAUAGUUUCAAAAAAGUAACUGGGGCGUUGAGAGCAGGACCCUUUAAGAAAGCAAAACCAGGCAGACCUACAGGGAGUAAUCUGAUGGCAGGAAGGCUUGGCAUAUCUCGAAAGCGAGUGGACGACCUCAAGUCCUACCCUUCAAGCCGCGCUAGUGUAGAUUUUGAAGGGCAGCUGAAGGGUUCCAAAAAGAAGAAAUGCAUGGUUGCGGGUAAGUGGUGUGGAAAGGUUUGGCGAGUCAAUCAGGUGCAUCCACUCCUAGGAGGGUGUAGGAGCAUUGAUUCAUCGGCAAAUUUAGGAUCAACCUCCAUGUCUGUGAAUAUCUCAAGCUUGUCUGCCGAAAUCACGAAGCUAGGUCUUACAAGGGGCCUACCAACAAUCCAUGGUCCUCUAGGUUCAAUGACGACGGGUGUAGAAGAUCUCCAAAACGCCGCGGCGAAAAAACGUGGUAGACAGAGGAAGAUGUUAGAGCAUACUAAGGACCAAGUUUCUGAAGAUUCCAGUUUGGGCCCUAUGAGAAAUCACAUGGUUUCUAAGACUUAUGAGAGGAAGAUCUCGGAGCAAGGGAAGGAUCAAGUUUCAGAAGAUUCAAGUGGUGGAGCCGUGAGGACUAUAGAUUUGGUUCCUAGGAAUGAGUGGAAGAUGUUGGAGCAAGCUAAGGAUCAGGGUUCUGAGGAUUCUAGCUUGGGCCCGUUGAAGGUUCAGCUUGUCGGUACAUCCAACAAGGCCUGCUCUGCUGCAGAUAGUGAAGGAGGGCAGUAUGCUUCUAUGCUUCAGCAAAAUUUACAGUUCAAAGGCAGCUACGACCAAGAGGAAAACGCGGAUAAUAACAAGGAUGAUUGUUGUUCUCCAUCAAAUGGAGCUGAACCUGCAGGCUAUCCAGGUCACUCAAAUGCACAUGGUGUCGUUCCAUCACUUAGCGCGAUGACCGAACCCACGCCACUUGCUGCUUACGAUCUACAAACAACUGAUGACAAGAACAAGGGCUCGAGCUGUGUUCUCAAUCCGCCCACCACGCAGCGCAGUGCAGGUGUCGACGAUUCUUCUCUAACCGAGCACUCGGAAGGCGUGAUACCUCUUGACGGAGACAGUUGUGCUCUGCCGGCUGCAACGGCUCAGACAGUGGCACCAUCACAAUCUGGUUGGCAGGUGUUGUCUGAGCUAGAACAAGAUGCCGUUGGUAAGCACAAUGGAGAUCCUCCUGACUCUCCCCAGGUACACUCGAGGGGUUCACUUACUGAGCCACAGAUUUCUGCACCCGACGCUUUUGGUCAGCAACCAAUAGUGACCCAGUCCAGACUCCCUAUUGCAAGGGCCUCUAGUGAACCAGGUUCACUUUUCUGUUCAGCGCAACAUCCAACCAAAGAUGGUGGGAGCAGAGCUCAGAGAAUUGGAAAGGGAGCUGCUGUAUGGUGCGACGUUCCAAUAGCUAGUUCCAUCCCUUGGACUGCUGGCAAUGUUACUGACCAGGCAGCACAUCCACCCAGUAGUGUACAUCCAUCCCAUAACGGUAAUGCCAUGUACUUUGGUGCCUGUAGUGAUCAAGCCGAGGAUACUGGGUAUGAUGUAUCAAAUAAUGUCGUGAGACCUAUCAAGGGCAAGUUGUCGAACUCCUUUGUGAAGACUCAUGGGCUUGAGGAUUCAAUUUCUAUAGAGAAACAUCAGUCUGCCUUGAAGAUGAGGAAGAUGCUAGAAUUUGAAAGACCUCAGUCUAAACGAUCUCCAGCCGAUGUCACGUCAAGCGAAGAGCCAGUCAAUGAUGUCGAGAGUAUUACAACAUCAAAGAUGCUAGGGUGGAAGAGGAAGACGGAUGGGGUCACUGCAAACGCUUCCGGUAAGAAAGCGAAGUCCUAUGACAGCGGCAAGAACGUUAAGUUUCAGGAGGAACCUGUUAUGUUGGCACCAAAUAAUGACAAAACUGUUGCUCUCAUUGAUGAAGUGAACAAUGUUCAAGAGCUUUGUGAAUCUUCUUGUCAUCCAGAGAAUGAGCUCGAACAGUUCGACUACGAAGAUGAUGGAUCCCAGCAUACUCUUAGAGAUAUCAAGUAUGUAUAUGGCGUAUCCGACAGUAGGAGCGAGUUUCUUGCACAGGCAGAGGGCUUCGCGGGGGAAGAUACUAGUGAUAAUCAUCUUCCUGGAGAGCAAAUUGUUGAGGACCAAGACUCAUGUGUGCCAGUAACCAUGCUGGACUCUCACGACUAUGGUAGACAGAAGUUACAGAAAAGCAGGAUGCCGUACUCGAGUCGCUCUCCACCUCCAGAUGAUUCUGGUCAGUGUGCAUCAGGACUCCAUCCGUUAGACUUGUUACCUCUAAUUACUUCCAGCCGAGGGAAACCCCUCGGUAAGACUAGAGGCAAGCGUUCAAAGCCAUUGAAACAGAUUUGGACAAGUCUGAAACAUCCUCAGCUGGAGGCGGAUAAAAACGAGGGUAAACGCGACAUGAACUCUUCUGAAGCACAUAAUAUACAAGCUGUGCAGUGUGUGGAGGCUCGUUUCGAAGCGGAAGACUGUGACAGGGGACCUGAGAUAGUAGAGCACCCCCUUGGUCGUACAUCAGGUCAGAGUACCAGAUUGCGAGCUCGGGUGCUGCCAGUCGACGAACUUGACAGUGGUGACGAUGGGGAUGAGCCCAAGGUGACGGCCGAGAAGGGCAAGAAAAAGGGGAGACCCAAGAAAAAGAAAGUGGUCGGGCGCAAACCGAAGGGCGAGGAGGAUAAGGAGUUUCAGUGCGAUCUUGAUGGCUGCAGAAUGAGUUUUGCCACCGAGGCAGAGCUGGGCAUCCACAAAAAGAACCGGUGCACACGAUGUAACAAACGGUUUUUCAUGCACAAAUACUUGCUGCAGCACCGUCGCGUCCAUCAACCCGACCGCCCUCUGAAAUGUCCCUGGCCGGGCUGUCAGAAUGCUUUCAAGUGGGCUUGGGCACGCACUGAGCAUAUACGAGUACAUACUGGCGAACGACCAUACACCUGUCCAAUUUGCGAGCAAACCUUCCGAUUUGUGUCUGAUUUCAGUCGACAUAAGCGCAACACCGGUCACACUAAACGAAAGGCUCAGGAGUAGGCAGUAGUUGGAGUCGUCAAGUCAGGCAGGGUGGGUCUAAGCAAAUUUUGUGGUCUAGUGCUUCACACCAUCACUUUUUACAGUGAACUUGUCACUUUGUAUAGGUUACUCUCUCAUCGGUGCAUUUGUCGUCGUUGUUCAUAGUUCAUGUCGACAGCCAUCCCUUGAAGAUUAGUUGUGGCAAGAGGUUACGAAUAGGCCCUUAGGGUAGGACUGAGGAGUGCCGAUAGCUGCUAUGCGGUGGCCUCAUAUCAUCAAGUUAAAUUUUGUUUAGAUUUCUCCUCAGCAGCUGGGAAGUUAACUUUCCCAUUCGAGACACUCAUUUUAACAUUCAUUUUACUGAACAGAAAUCUCACCCUCAACAUCAUCAUCAUCA